AUGAAGACUGUAUUCUUGCUUCUUGUUAUUGCGACUACUCUUGCAACCGUUUAUCCAGUUCCAGGAAAGAGGGUUCUCGCUCUUUUAGAGGACAUGAGCUUCGAGCGCACUCACUCUCAGUUUUUCUCCAAUCUGAAAAACCAUGGAUGUGAGUUGACGUUCCUUGUUCUGGAGGAUUCUUUUGAAAUCGUGAAGUAUGGAGAGUCCAAAUAUGACAACAUUAUUUUAAUGGUCAACUCGGAUAGUAAGUACAGUAGUCUGAAUGCCAAGGCCUUCCGCAGCUUUUUAGACUUCCAUGGCGAUAUUUUUGUGAUGUUUUCGGGCGAUCCUUCGAGUUUCGUUCGUACUCUCGCUGGAUACGCUGGCGUUGAAAUCGAUCCUAAGGGCAGCAGUGUUGUCGAUCAUUUCACGGCUGUUCCCGACGCGAGCAACAUCCGCCACACGAAGUUCCAGACGACGAAUUACCUGAAGAUUUCCCGUUUGGUGGGAGAUCUGGCCACUCGCUCUGGCUCCGUCACCUACCAAGGAUACGGUCUGCGAAUCGACCCCAACAACGUGCUGGCGAUGCCCAUCGUCUCGGGCGACUACGCGACGACCUCGCUUUCGAGCGAAGGCGCCAGCCAGAACUCGGCCGGAGGCAUCACGCUGAUCGCCGCUGUGCAGACUCGCUACAACAACCGCUUCGUGCUCUCCGGCUCUCUGGCGUUCUUCAGCGACGCUCCUGGGCGACCAGCUGUCUCUCUGUACGUCCCUUCUCUCUCUCUUAUGCAGGGCUCUGCAAGCUCGCCGGGUAUCUCCGCGUGCAGAACAUCGAGCACGCGAAGUACAUCCGCGCCGAAAACCGCAUCGAGCCCACCCACGAAAUCCUGGUGCAGGAAGUUCAACAGCCCAACCUCCCCACCUCUCAGUGCGUUUUGUCACGCUCUCCUCACUCCUAGCUAUGGCCGGCCGGAGGUGGCGGGCAACAACGUGGUGUACCGCGUGAAGGACGAGCUGUGGUACUCGGUGAACGUGCAGGAGUGGGACGGGAGCGAGUGGAAGCCUUACAAAGUGAGCGAAGGGAAAGGAAGUGACGCGCAGACCGACGAUCUGCAGCUCGAGUUCGUCAUGCUCAACCCUUAUAUUCGACAGAAUCUCACCUAUGUGGAGGAGCACGACAAUGGAGACUAUUCGACGAUCAUUCAUGUACCCGAUGUGUACGGAGUGUACAAGUUCCGACUCUUCUACCAGAGACAAGGAGUCUCGUUCAUUAACGAGAAUACGCAGGUGAGCAUCCGGCCGUUCAAGCACAACGAAUUCCCUCGCUUUAUUCUGGCGGCUUAUCCUUACUAUGUCAAGUAG